UGGGCGGGGAGUCUCUUGUUUGGUAAUUGUAAAAGCAAAAAGUUACACAAGCGUCAGGAUUUUGUAACGCAUGCAUUAGAUACUAUUUCAUCUUCAAUCGCAACUGAGAAAUCAGUGUCUUCUUAGCUUUACAUCGGACCGAACAAACUGAGCACUAAGACAAAAAGCUUUGUUUUGUUUUUAAAUUAACAAAGAUAGUAUCGAUAAAUUUGAAUUAUACGAGGGCUCUGCCAAAAGAAACGACAUAGUCGCAUAUGUUUGGAUUACAGAAAGUGAAAAUGAAAUAGAGACAAACAGUCGGGAUGUCUUUUUGAUGAAAUAACAGAUAAAGCGUAACGGGUUUAUCUCGGAAAGGUCUAGACGCGCGCGAGAGUCUCGGGUAGUGACAAGAAGACAGAAGCGCGCGCUUAAAAUAUGGAGUUGAAUUCAGUGAUUUCCAUUGGAUCCUCGGUGGGCUUUUUCAAAUUAGUAAACUGUGGAAUCGGCAAACUUCCCAUCCCCGAGACAGCUCAGAGGAACGCUUGGAAAUGGAAAAACAUCUCCACGUCUUUCGUACACAGCCUCAUAACUGGAGUGUGGUCCGUGCUAUGUUUUUGCAUGCAUCCCCAGAUGGCUGAGGAUUUGAUAGAAACGCACUCCGUUUUCUCUCACGCCCUGGUAUCGGUAUCCAUCGGGUACUUUAUAUAUGAUUUCUUUGAUAUGGUUAUCAAUCAGAAGAUCAGCCAUUCAUGGGAGCUCCUUUUCCACCAUGUAGUGGUGAUCACCUGUUUCGGGAUCUCUGUGCUGACCUGUCGGUAUGUGGGUUUUGCAGUGGUGGCACUGUUGGUUGAGAUCAAUUCGAUCUUUCUGCACCUGAGGCAAGUGCUCCGCAUGGCCAACCUGGCCAAAAGUACAUUUUACCGUGUCAACAGCAUGAUAAACCUGGGCACCUACGUGGUGUUUCGCAUCAACACUCUGGCCUGGAUGACACGCUGGCUGGUGCUGAAUCGUGACCUCGUCCCCCUGGCCAGCUACACCAUCGGCAGCGUGGGUCUGGCCAUCAUGACCGCCAUGAACAUUGUGCUGUUUUGCCGCCUGAUGAGAAGUGACUUCAUGAAGUCCAGCCGUGAGAAGGAGGUGAGCAAGGAGAAGGAGAAAGAAAUGUAGGAAGAAGACUCCUGCUCUCCCGCUCGAACCAAAUCCACUCUCAUCACCACUAAACUUUUGGGAAAAAAACUUUCCUUUAAACCUGCCGACUUCAUUCCCGCAACUCCAACAAAGUUCUAGUCGUUUUGACUCCAUCUCAUAUAGACCUCAAGCUGUGUUAAGAUAUUUCCAUGAUGGCUGUUGUCACAGGUUUACAGAUGUUUGAAACGGAUGACAUAUUUACACAUGCAACCGUAUGCUCAAAUACUCGUGCAUGGUUUAGACAAUGACUUGAGCGUAUAUGAAACACACAUUAUGUUCAAGUUCAAAGGAACUGGAUCUGCUUACUAUUAUCUAAUCAAAUGCUGAUCUACCCCAAUGUAUACAUUAACUAUUAAAUAUAAGUAAAUAUUCUGCCCAAUUAGGAACUACUCAAGUGGGGAUAAAAAUAUAGUAAAAAAAAACCAACGUAAAAGUUUGGUUUAUUUAUUAAAACUACAUUAGACUAAGGAUGUAUUUUCUAGCCUCAUUAACACCUACAGCUGCUACCUCAUUAGACUGUAGCAGUAUCAUCAUAAUUCUGUACAUAGGGACAAUUCAUCCAAAAAUGAAUAUUCUCUUUCUUCUGUGGAACACAAAUAGAGAUGUUUAGUUGAAUGUUCACGCUGCUCUUUUUCUGUAUGAAAGUGAAUGGUGACCAGUGGCUGUCAAGAUCCAAAAUCGUUAAUAAAAUCAUAAAAGUACUGUAACAGUAGCCAAUGUGCUAUAUUCAAAGUCUUCUUAAGCCAUAUGAUAGAUUUGAUGACAGAUAUUUCAUUUUUGGGUGAACUGUCCCUUUACAUUUUUUGGAAUUUCAUAGAGCUGAAUUUUUAUUGAAAUUCUCUGUACUGACUAGUAAUAGUAAAUGAAGUGACCGUGGACAGGAAGUGCUCAGUGAUCAGUACUGUAUUCCACAAAGUUGGGUAUGAGUUAAUUUGGUCGACUUGACCUCAGACUUACCCUGUGGAUAAAGAUCACUGUACACGAUUAUUAUCUUACCCUUUAAGUGGAGGAUCUAAAUCUCCAUGCUGGAGUCCUCACAACCAUUAUCAGAAUUAAAAACACUCCUGCUCAUUCUUGGUGAAUCACAGCAAUAUGUGUGAGGUUUGAGAUCUGACAGGACUCUCAUUGCACAAAUCAUGCCUGUAGGUGGCACUACAUACACACAACAGAGACCUCAUGUUAGCUUAUGCUAAUGCUUAAUCUAUAGAGAGGAAUGGUUAAAGCAGCACUUAUAUUGCUUUAAAUGUGCAGAACCUUUUUUAAUAAUGCUUUGUAAUUUGUUUUUGUAUUUUGUAAUUUAUUUGUACUUAAUAUCAUUGAUUAUUGUGGUUGGGUGCGAACUGCAAAAAAAAUUCUCUUCUGAAAACACAUUGAAUGGUGGAACACUGUCUAGUGCAAAAUGGUGGUGUGAUUUUGUUGAUGGUGAACAAAGAACGGUCCUGGUCAAAUGUACUAAAGUAAAGGCAUUUAUUUGUUUAGCCUUAUUUCAUAUACUCGGUGCCAUUGAGAUUGUAGACUGAAGUCUGAUUAUAUAAUUUGAUUGGGCAAGAGUGGCCUGUCUGUCUGGUGGGAAUGUUUACGCACUAUAACCACAUGUAGCAUCACCGACUUGUGCCACAAAACUUUUUUUUUUUUAAAGUACCAAAGUUUAUUCAUAACAAUGUUUCAUUCAGAUACUCCUGCCUUAUUUUACUGAUUGAAGGAGAGAUACUAAAAAGCUACUCAUGUCGAAACUAUUGCAGGAAUUUGAAAGCAUGUGAAAAAUAGAAAAUGUAAAAGUUUGCACUGAAGUAGUAAAUCUUUGAGUUUUUUAACUAUUGGCAGCUUCAUAUUGAGACUGUGUGCUUGUAUAUGUGCUCCCUUAGUGAGGUAACUGGUAUCUCAGUGUAUUUAAGUGUAAUUUUUUUUUUUUCUUCACUUUUUUUAAGAUCAUUUCAGCUGUGUGGUUGUCCUUCACUUGAGGGUGCAGUUCUGUACUGUGUUUGGUGAAAGAUAAGCUACUGUUAUGUUGUGGAUCUGAUUUUUUUUGACCAUUGUGUUGCAGUGUUUUCCAAAGCCAAAAUUUAGAAUGUUUUUUAAAAAAUAAAUCCCAGCUGGAAAAAAAGAUAUUCAUGCCCAUAUCCUAGGAAAGCAGAACAAAAGGAUUUUUUUCUUUUCUUUCUUUUUUUAACCCUUGCUGUCUGAGUUAGCUUAAUGAAUUUAAUUUUGAAUUGUUUCUAAAAUGUGUGUGUAUAUAUAUAUAUAUAGCAUAAUUUUAUUUUUGUUUGAAUGAAUUCUUUUGUAAUUAAUAUGAAAUUAUUUGUAUAUGACCAUUAUGUUGUUAAUUGUGAAAUAAAACAUGCUAUUAACACUU